UGUCACACAACCAAAAGUGAAAGUGUGAAGGAAAGAUCCGUAUUUUUGAGUCCUGUGCAGAGAGGACGGUAACGCACACCUACAACAUGGACCCACCUGGACCUGGCCCCGGGUCUAAACCCAGACCUAAACCUGCUCCCAGCUCUCUGUCUCUGAAAAGUGACUGCUCCAAAGACCUUACUAGUAACUUUAGAAAGGCUCUUCCUGAAGACCAGAGCCCCUACAACAUGGACCCACCUGGCCCUGGAUCUAAACCUAAACCUGAUCCCAGCUCUCUGUCUCUGAAAAGUGACCACUCCAAACACUUUCCUCCUGAGUUUGGAGAGGCUCCUCCUGAAGACCAGAGGGAGCCAGGCCCAAAGGAGCAGCUGGACGCCAUAUUCAGGCGUCUGGAGGAGGACGUCCUGACUUUUGUCAAAGAGCAGCUCCAGAGGCUCCACAGGCUCCUGGCCUCAGAUUACCCAGAAUGCUCUGAGAGUGAGGAGGAGGAGAGCAGAGAGGUUCUGAACAUCACCCUGGACUUCCUGAAGAGGAUGGACCAGGAUCAUCUGGCCCAGCGCCUGUUCAACAGGAGUAAAUUUAGGUUGUGCAGAGACAAACUGAAGUCUGAUCUGCAGCAAAGGUUCAGCCAUGUGUUUGAGGGUGUGGUUAAAGUAGGAGGCUCCACCCCCCUGACUCAGAUCUAUACAGAGCUCUACAUCACAGAGGGCGGAGCCUCAAAGGUCAACCAGGAACAUGAGGUCAGACACAUGGAGACCGCAUCCAGGAGACCGGCCGCUCCAGAGACCACCAUCACAUGUGAAGACAUCUUUAAACCCCGCCCACAUUCACCAGAGCCAAUAAGAGUGGUGCUGACAAAGGGCGUGGCCGGCGUGGGGAAAACAGUGCUGACUCAGAAGUUGAGUCUGGACUGGGCUGAAGGCCACGCCCACCAGGACCUCCAGCUGCUGUUCCCGUUCACUUUCAGAGAGCUCAAUGUGCUAAGAGACACACAGUUCAGCCUGGUGGGACUGAUGCACCACUUCUUCAGUCCAUCCAAAGAUCUCUGCAGCUUCCAACAGCUCCAGGUGCUCUUCAUCUUUGACGGUCUGGAUGAGUGCAGACCUCCUCUGGACUUCAGCCGAACCCGUGUCCUGACCGACCCCACAGAGUCCGCCCUAGUGCAUGUGCUGCUGGUAAACCUCAUCAGGGGGAAGCUGCUUCCCUCCGCUCGCCUCUGGAUAACCACGCGCCCCGCUGCCGCCAAUCAGAUCCCUGCUGAAUGCGUCUCCAUGGUGACAGAGGUACGGGGAUUCACCGACCCGCAGAAGGAGCAAUACUUCAGGAAAAGGUUCAGAGACCAGGCCACAGUCGUUAUCUCCCACAUCAAGAGCAUCCGCAGCCUCCACAUCAUGAGUCACAUCCCGGUCUUCUGCUGGAUCCUCUCCACAGUUUUACAGAAGCUUCUGGAACAAACAGAGGAACCAGAGCUGCCCCGGACUCUCACACAGAUGUACAUCCUCUUCCUGGUGGUGCAGGCCAAAGUCAAGAACAUCAAGUAUCACCAGGGAUCAGGCGAGGACCUUCAUUGGACUCUAGAGACCAGGGAAAUGGUGUUGUCUCUGGGAAAACUGGCCUUUGAGCAGCUGCGGAAAGGAAAUGUGAUCUUCUACGAGUGUGACCUGAGGGAGUGUGGGCUGGACGCUGCAGCAGCCUCAGUGUACUCUGGAGUGUUCACACAGGUCUUUAGAGAGGAGACAGGCCUGUACCAGGACAAGGUCUACUGCUUCAUUCAUCUGAGUGUGCAGGAGUUUCUGGCUGCUCUUCACAUCCAUCAGAGCUUCUUCACCUCUGGAGAGAACCUGCUGGAGCCACAACACUCCUCUAAAUUAAAACGCAAAAGAAAAAGAGAACACAGUUUGACAAAUGAACCCUCAAUGACACUUCACCCUGAGGAAGCGUUCUACCGCUCUGCUGUGGACCAGGCCUUACAGAGUCCAAACGGACACCUGGACUUGUUUCUGCGCUUCCUCCUUGGGCUGUCUCUGCCGACCAAUCAGAGGCUGCUGCAGGGUCUGCUGACUCACACAGGAAGUGACCAGACCAAUCAGGAGAUAGUAAAGUACAUCAACCAGAAGCUGAAUGAAAAGGAUCUGUCUGCAGAGAGAAAACUGAACCUGCUCCACUGUCUGAAUGAGAUGAAUGACCUCAGUCUGAUAAAGGAGAUACAGAAGUACAUGAGAGCAGGAGAGCCCUCUGAUAUUCUCACUUAUAGAUACACGUCUCCUGCUGAGUGGGCGGCUCUGUCCUUCCUCCUACUGUCCUCAGACUCAGCCCUGGAGGAGUUUGACUUGAGGAAAUACCAGGCCUCAGAGACAGCUCUCCUGGGUCUGCUGCCGGUGGUCAGAGUCUGCACCAAAGCCCUUCUGAUUGGCUCUGGACUGUCCCCUCACAGCUGUGGUCCUCUGGCCUCAGUCCUCAGUUCCUCCAGUCUCACACACCUGGAUCUCAGUCACAAUGACCUCCAGGACUCAGGAGUGGAGCUGCUGUGUUCUGGACUGAAGAGUGCCCCCUACAGUCUAAAGACACUCAGUCUUUGUGGCUGUGGACUGUCCCCUCACAGCUGUGGUCCUCUGGCCUCAGUCCUCAGCUCCUCCAGUCUCACACACCUGGAUCUCAGUCACAAUGACCUCCAGGACUCAGGAGUGGAGCUGCUGUGUUCUGGACUGAAGAGCGCCCCCUGCAGAUUGAAGACACUCAGGUUGUCUGGAUGUCUGGUGUCACAGAGGGGCGGAGCUGCUCUGGCCUCAGCUUUGAGCUCCGCCCCUUCCCACCUGAGAGAGUUAGACCUGAGCUACAACCAUCCAGGCCCCUCAGCCGAGCUCCUGACCGCUCUACAGAACCAGCACCCCCUGCUGUCUGUCAGGCUGGAUCCUGCUGGAGAGCGCUGGAUGGUCCCAGGUCUGAGGAAGUACUCCUGUGAGUUCUCUCUGGACCCAAACACAGUUCACAGACGUCUCCUUCUGUCUGGGGACAAUCGGACUGUGACACGUGUGGAGGAGGAGCAGGAGUAUCCAGAUCAUGACGACAGGUUCACAUACGACCACCCCCAUGUCCUGAGCUGCACUGGCCUGAGGGGGUGCUGUUACUGGGAGGUGGACUGGAGCAGGGAGGUCUCUAUAGCAGUGAGUUACAGAGGGAUCAGACGGAGUGGACGGGAGAGUGUGUUUGGAAACAAUGAUCAGUCCUGGAGUCUGUGUAUCAGUGCUGAUGGAGGGUAUUGGGUCUAUCACAACAGAAUAGGAACACGACUCCCCCUCUCCCAUUGUUUAGAGAGAGGGGGCGUGUCCUCUGAAGGAGCCAGAGUGGGCAGAGUGGGCAUUUUCCUGGACUCUGAGGCUGGAGCUCUGUCCUUCUAUGUGGUCUCCUCUGAUGGAGAACUGUUCCACCUCUGGACCUUCUCCUCGUCCUUCUCUGAGCCUCUGUUCUCUGGGUUUAUACUGUGGGGAGAAGGUUCCUCUGUGACUCUGGUGAAAGAGAUGAGACGGUAUGGGUAUUAAAGAGGGGGGUAUUUGACUUCUAUGGGUAUUAAAGAGGGAAUAUUUUACUUCUGUCUAUCAGACCCCAUGUGACUGAACCCUACUGACCCCUGAACCCAUCUGACCUCUGAGUUUCAGUCAUGUUCUACUGGAAUCAUCAUCUUCGUCCUCGGUAACACACAGAGAGUUGUUUAAGUUGGUCUUUUUUUACUCUUGCAUGUUUGAGAAAUGAUAAAACUGCUUUUGACAUUUGCAUUUAAAGAAAACUUAGAUGGACCAAGGAUUGUUUGAGUAAAAAAAUCAUUUGUAUCAAAUAUUUCGAUUUGGUUCUAAAUGUGUCAUAUUUGCUUUUUCUGCAUAAAAAGAACUCAGCAUUAAAGAAAAGUGUUUGUUCCACUUCAAAAUAGAGAGUAAAGCUCUGGAGGCUGGUGUUACUGUUCUGAAGUGUUCCUCAUUUUCAUCAAUAUCUUGUGUUUUUAUAAAUUUAAACUUUUUUAAAUGAUUAUUUUCUGUGUAAACGUGUCACUUUGAAAAUGUUCAGAUCUGGUUUAAAACUCCUGCUUUACACAAACUGAACCUUGUGAACUGUAAGUCAUGUUAUAAUGCUGUUCCUUUCUCAAAACC